AAGUUCGCUAAUAGAAAUCAGAGAUGGGAAUGACUUCAUGCGAUGCCUGUUGUCCUAGUUGUGUUUGCCACUAUUACUACUUUGUAUCCCUUCAAAUCAUACAGUUGAAAUCUUGUCGUUGUUACUGUAACAACCGAAUCUAUAUCUGUGUUCAUUCUAGGUUGGCUAGAAAAUGUUGUCUUCAGAAUAAACUGGGUUUCCAAUCCCAGUUAAGAAGUCAGCCAGUCAGAAAGGGACCUUAUUGUUCUGUACUCAGUGAACUUAUCCAACAAAAAGGCUCCCAACAAGAAACUUAUGAUGAGGUUUUCACAAGUUAUCGUGAGCAACUCGAACAUGAAACUCUGAAGGCUUUGGACUGGUUUCCUAUCUGUGAGAAGGUAGCUGAUUUUUGUCAAACAGAUAGAGUACGACUUUUUGUAGCGAAUGGUAUGAAAGUGAACCACUGGUCAAAAGAACAAACACAACAAUAUCUAAUGGAGACGAACGAAUGCAUUCGUUUUAUGGAAAGUGGGUACUCUCCUACAGAUUGGAUGGUAGGAGCAAACCUCUUGGAGAAUAUCGUCGACAGGGCACAGAAAGGAAGCUUAUUGACUCCAAGAGAGUUGUAUCAAAUAGUCUCAACAACCUUAGCAAUAUCCAACUGGAAACAGAGUCUCCAGAGUCAAAGCACCAACUAUCCUCUCUUAUAUAGGAUAGUUGAAAACGUAGUUUCAAUGAAAGACUUGGAAGAUUCUAUAUGUAGGAGUGUGGAUGAAAAAGAACAGAUCAGAGAUAAUGCUUCGAUACGUUUAUAUGAGACGCGCACACAAAUUCGUAGCACGUUUGUGCAUAUCAGAAAAGUAUUGCAUAGUUUGUUGCAACAACAUGAAGAGAGUUUGCAAGAACCCAUUUAUACCGAGCGUUUUGGUCGUUAUGUGAUACCUGUCAAGGCAACAAGGAGAAAUAGAGUUCCUGGCAUCAUUCAGGAUAUAAGCAGCUCAGGUUCAACCCUAUAUAUAGAACCCAAUAGUAUAAGAAGUCUUACCAAUCGAAUGCAACAGCUUCGACACAUAGAAGAAGAAGCAAUUGAGGAAAUUCUGUUUGAUUUAUCCAGAAAAGUUUGUGAAAAUGCUGAUCAUCUAUUAUACAUUUCUCAUGCCAUAUUUCAAUUGGAUUGGAUAUUGGCCCGUGCUCAGUUCAGUCAGCAGAUAAAUGGCCGAUUUCCAACUAUAGUAGAAAGUUUUUCAAACGCAGCCUUAUCAUGCAAAGUCGAUGCUUGGAAAUUACGCGGUGUCAGGCAUCCCUUAUUGGAAAGAAACUCCAUUGUACCAAUCGAUUUUGAGGUUCGUCCUGGUGUAACUGCAGUUUGUAUUACAGGACCCAACACGGGUGGGAAGACAGUUGCGCUGAAGACUUUUGGAAUUGUUAUUUUGAUGACCAAGGUUGGUCUUUUUGUUCCUUGUGAACAAAAUGAUGUCCACAUUCCCUUUUUUGAAGAUAUCUUUGCGGAUGUCGGUGAUCACCAGUCAGUGACUCAGUCUUUGAGUACAUUUUCUAGUCAUAUAUUGCGUAUUCAGCGUAUUGUACAACUAUCUCAUAAGCGUAGUUUGGUUUUAUUGGAUGAAAUUGGAACUGGAACUGAUCCUGUAGAGGGUUGUGCUCUUGCCAUGUCGCUCUUAUUGUACCUUGUGGAGCGUGUCGGUUUUCUUAUGGCGACUACUCAUCACGGGGAAUUGAAAACACUGAAAUAUAAAGAUGCUCGUUUUGAAAAUGCAAGUGUGGAAUUGGAUACUUUCAGUUUGCGUCCUACCUAUCGUCUUAUUUGGGGUGUUGCUGGACGUAGUAGUGCAAUAGCUAUCGCACAAAGAUUGGGUUUGGACAAUUGGAUUACUCAAAGUGCUCGUAGUAUCGUAGAAAAUGGUGUUGAUAAGCUAUCUCUAGCCAUUGAAGAUAUAGAAAGAACGAAGCAACAAGUCAUUGAGAUGAAGGAGCAAAUAGAAAGAAAGGAGAGAGAACUUGAGUGUCUUGAAAGACAAUUGAUGGAGAGAGAAGAGCGUAUUCAACAACUCGAAAAUGAAUGGAUAGAAACCAAGAAGCAAGCAUUAGAGCAAGAUUUCGCCAAUGCCAGAGAACAGAUAGCCAAAGUGAUAAAGGAAGUCCAACGAUGUGGGUCAGAUGCCUCAUUGAUUAUGGAAAGGAAACAAGAAUUGGAAUCUCUCAUGCUUGAACAGAAGAGCGCCAGUCAUCAUGAUUCUGUAUCCGGAACUAAAGUACGCAAAGGAGAUUGGGUCUUAGUAAAACGGUUAAGUUCAGAACCUUUACAAGUUGUAGAAGGAAUGAACAACAAAGGAGACUUUAUGGUGCGUUUUGGUUCCAUUCGAGUGAAAGUUUCCAUCAUGGAGGCAGAAGUUGUGAAUGACCCAACCAUUCAAAAGGUGGAGAACAGGAGUAAGCUAUCUAAGAAACGUUCUACCAACUCUACACUAGUAUCAUCUACUUCUUCUAGCAUUCGAGCCAAGUGGAAUACUAUUGAUGUGCGAGGAUGUCGAGUAGAGGAAGCUGCAGCUAAGAUAGAAAAUGAAUUGGGUCGAAAUGCGGAAUGUAAUCAAUAUUUUAUUAUUCAUGGCUUUGGACCUCUUCGAACAGGUCUUCGACACUAUUUUUAUAGGCAUCCGUUGAUACGCCAAAUGAAUGACGCAGAUACUGAAAACGGAGGACAAGGAGUAACUAUAUUGCAUCUUCAUAUGGGAUAGUGCAAGAUAUAACUUCUAGUGUAUG